UUCGUCAAUCCCCCCCCCCCUCUCUCUCCUUCCUUCUCUCUCUAGUAUAUUUCUGCAAUUUCAUUACACAUUUUAUCAUAGAGAGAGAAACUCAACACCAACACCCAAAUCUCAUCACCGAAAACCCCUACGUUGCUUCGUCACCCCCGCCCCUUCUCUCUUCUUUCUCUCUCCUUUCUCUCUCUAUCUUCUUAUCAUCAAUCGAUUCUCUUUCAUGCGAUUCAUCAGUUUUGAAUUCUAUCUUUUAAAUUUAAUCAUCGGUUUUAUUUGAGUAAUUGUUUAAUUUCAUCUAGAGAAUCGGAAUUAUCGGAUUGAUUAAGAUUUUGAUUGAUCCAAUAAGUUGUUUAGAUUUAGAAUCAUUAGGUUAAUUUUGUUGUUUUUUUUUUGGAUUGAUGAUUGUGUGAUGGAAGAUUGAUGAAGGAAAAUCGAGGUUGUAGAUAAUUAAUUUUGAAUAAGAAAAGAGGAGGAUGCCAGGACUAGCAGCUGCACAAAGAAAUGAUCAAUUAUUGAGCAAUGCGAAUUCGUCGUAUUUUUCGCUUUCGAUUGAUAAUAAUGGAUCAGUUUCUUCUUCCAAUGGAUUUUGGUCCAAACAUCGCGAUGAUAUUAACUACAAUCAGCUUCAGAAGUUCUGGAGUGAGCUUUCUGCACAAGCUCGGCAGAAUUUAUUGAAGAUCGACAAGCAAGCUCUUUUCGAGCAAGCUCGGAAAAAUAUGUAUUGCUCCAGAUGCAAUGGGCUGUUGCUUGAAGGCUUUAUGCAGAUUGUUAUGUAUGGGAAGUCAUUGCAGCAUGAAGGAGCAGGUGUUCAGCUUCCUUGCAAUAGAAUUGGUGUCUCAAAAGAUCAAUUGCAUGGUGGGAUGUGCAGUACACCCAUUUGUCAGGAUGAAACUCAAGAUCCCUCUGUUCACCCCUGGGGAGGUCUAACUACUACAAGAGAUGGAGCACUCACGCUUUUGGAUUACUUUUUAUAUUCAAAAUCCCUUAAGGGACUCCAAAAUGUUUUUGAUAGUGCACGUGCAAGGGAGCGAGAACGUGAAUUGCUUUACCCUGAUGCUUGUGGUGGAGGGGGUCGGGGUUGGAUAAGCCAAGGGAUAGCAAGUUACGGUAGAGGACAUGGGACUAGAGAAACAUGUGCCUUGCACACUGCUAGACUCUCAUGUGACACGUUGGUUGAUUUCUGGUCAGCACUUGGAGGAGAGACACGUCAUUCUCUUUUAAGGAUGAAAGAAGAGGAUUUCAUUGAAAGACUUAUGUACCGGUUUGACAGCAAGAGGUUUUGUAGAGAUUGCAGAAGAAAUGUCAUUCGCGAGUUUAAGGAACUGAAGGAAUUGAAACGCAUGCGGAGAGAACUUAGGUGCACAAGUUGGUUUUGUGUUGCGGAUACUGCUUUCCAGUAUGAGGUAUCUAAUGACACUAUCCAUGCUGAUUGGCACCAAACAUUUAUUGAUUCUAUUGGAUCGUAUCAUCACUUUGAGUGGGCAGUAGGUUCAGGAGAAGGAAAAUCUGACAUUUUGGAAUUUGAAAAUGUUGGGAUGAACGGAAGUGUUGAAGUAAAUGGCCUAGAUCUUGAUGGUCUGAAUGCCUGCUAUAUUACCUUGAGGGCUUGGAAACUAGACGGUCGGUGUUCUGAGUUUUCGGUUAAAGCUCAUGCAUUGAAGGGGAGGCAUUGUGUUCAUUGCAGGCUUGCUGUUGGAGAUGGUCAUGUAACCAUCACACAUGGGGAAAGUAUAAGAAGAUUUUUCGAGCACGCUGAAGAAGCUGAAGAAGAGGAAGAUGAUGAUUCCAUGGACAAGGAUGGAAAUGAUUUGGAUGGUGAAUGCUCUCGUCCACAGAAGCAUGCGAAGAGUCCUGAACUUGCACGAGAGUUUCUUCUGGAUGCUGCAACUGUCAUCUUCAAGGAACAGGUUGAAAAGGCUUUUAGGGAAGGUACUGCCCGCCAAAAUGCGCACAGCAUUUUUGUCUGCCUUGCGCUGAAACUGCUUGAAGAGCGAAUUCAUGUUGCUUGCAAAGAAAUUAUAACGCUGGAAAAACAGAUGAAACUUCUAGAAGAAGAAGAGAAGGAAAAGCGUGAAGAAGAAGAGCGCAAGGAGAGGAAAAGAACAAAGGAAAGAGAGAAGAAGCUUCGUAGAAAGGAGAGAUUGAGAGGAAAAGAUAAGGAUAAAGAAUGUAGUCUAUCAAGUCAAUCUCAUAAGCCUCCUGAGAUCUCAGAGGAAACAGUAUCACUAUGUAUCGAUGAGGAAGCCACAAGUAGCAUUAGAGACUCAAUAAGUGAAAAUGGUGAUAUGAACUUUUCUGGGUCCGCCUCUCCUGGAGUUCUUGAUGAGUCUUCCUCAAAUGAUUAUACUGCUUCUGAUUUUCGAAAUAUUAGUUUUGAUGUUGAUGAUGGAGAGCUUGGUGAUGUUAAAGAGGGAAAUGGUUCAUUUAAUAUUGAUAGUUUAAAGGGCACACGUUGGAAAUUGAAAGCUCAAAGGGACUUGUUGCUAGAGUCAUCUGUAAAAUGGUCAGACAGACGACGGAGUUCGGAAAAUGGGUCUGUGGCAUAUAAAUCUGAGUCUAGGUAUUAUGACGACCCUUCUGAAAAUUUUACAAAGGGAGUUAAUCAUUUUAGUAGGCAGGCCAGAGCUAGUGCUAUGAAGUUCACUGCUAAAAUUGGUGGUCCGAGGCUUAGUCACAAGGUUCAGUGUUCCAACAUGAGGAUUACUGACAAGAGUGAGCUGCAUUCUUGUGCCUGUGAUCAACAUAAUGACUAUAGAGCAAAGGUAGAGCCACGUAUGUCUGGAACAAGAUAUAUUCGGGAGAGCAGGUCGUUUUCAAAGGUUGAAUCAGCAUCUGAUGUGCCGAAGCCAAUUCAUCGAAUCAACAAGUUUAAUCAAACAGAUUCCAUGCGUGAUAAUUGUGGAAGAACCAGGAGCAAGAUCUCAAGCUAUAGUAGUGCUCCUGGCAGAGAUUCACCUCAUACUAAGAAAGUAUGGGAACCUAUAGAACCGCAAAAGAGAUGUCCUCGGAGUAAUUCAGAUUCAGAUGUUACGUUAAGAUCGUGCAGUUUCAAGACAGAAGAAAAUGAAUCUGAAAAGUCUACUGCAGAAGUUUGUUCCAGUGAAAAAAUUGAGAAAUCAACAGGUAAUUCUCAGAUGGAUGAUAGUGUAAAGAAUUGUAAGGUCGAUAGAAGCAGCCAGAAUGGAUUUCAAAUAGAAGCCUUGUACCCCCCCAAGGUAGCAGUUGAAGAAGAAUAUGAUUCAUGUUUAACGACAAGUUGCAACCUUAACGGGGCUUCUGAUUUUUCUGCCAGCAGCAGCUCAAGUUCUGAUAACUGCUCAUCUUGCCAAAGUGAGGGAGAUACCAAUACACCAUCCUCAAACCAUCAAAAUUUGGAAUCUUCUUCAAUAACGGAUUCAGAAGAUAGUUGCGAACAAUCAGAAGGAAGAGAGAUUUCAGUUUGUGUUAAUAGCUCAUCUGAUGGUCAUCAUGAUGGGAAAGAGAAAAGUCAAAAGAUCAUUGAGCAAGGAGUUACCAGUAUGACACAAUCGUCAAGUUUUUCAACUCAGUGUGUCGAAAAUCACUUUCCUUGGAACACUCCCACAAAAACUUCCACACAGAAUGUGGAAAAUGGGAAGCUUGUAAAUGGUGUAGCAUCUGUACAACAAGGUUACCUUCCUUCAAUCCACAAUCCGAGCAUUUCCUUUCCUGCUUUCCAAGGUCCAUCCACUGUGGGUUACUACCAUCAAAAUUCUGUUCCCUGGUCAACAGCUUCAGCUAAUGGGUUGACGGCAUAUCCCCAUCCAAACCAUUAUCUUUUGACUAGCCCCAUUGGCUAUGGUCUGAGUGGGGACUCUCACUUCUGCAUGCAGUAUGGUCAAGUACAGCAUUUAGCAUCUCCUUUCAUGAACAGUCAUCAGAUUCCUGUUUAUCAGCCAGUUCAUACAUCUAAUAUGUUGAACCCUCAAGUGCAAACCAAUGCCCUUGAAGUCAACAGAGUAAAAGAUCCCUUGGGUGAAUCUAGGAGAGAGAAUGUUGUUGAUGGACAUCAUGUGGCAGAUGCACCUUCGAUGGGAGGCUCUGAGAAAAGGAACCCGAUCAAAUUGGAUACAAGAAAUACGGGCUUUUCCUUGUUCCAAUUUGGUGGUCCUGUGGCUCUCCCAACCUGCAGAUCCAGCGGUCAGUCUUCAGAUGACCAGAAGGCUGUUGACCUCUAUUCCUGCCAUGUUGAGGGUGAUCAUGCUUGCAGUAAGAAAGAGACUACUAUUGAAGAAUACAAUUUGUUCGCGAAUGGGAUACAGUUUUCUAUCUUUUAGUAUAGCUGAGAAGGUAUUGAGAUUGCAGUUUGGGAGUCAGUCUCUACCAUCUUAUUUCAUAGUUGAAGUUUGAGAGUUCUUUGUAGUUUGGAACAAUAAUGCUUUGAAAAAUAUUUACAUAAAAAGCUUUUUUUUUUUUUU